GACAAAUCCAAUUGUUCACUAUCAUUCAAACACCUCACCGAUCUCACAUUCCUUCUCUCACCACCUCAACCUCCCUUAAUUCUACAAACACACCAGUGUCCUCUUGUGCACUCAGCGUCCCACACAACCACCCUACCAGCACAUCCCACAGACUUCACUUCCUCAGCCUCAUCAAUCAACCCACCGCCACUUGCCACCUACCCUCACCUAUUCCCUUGAACAUCCAUCAUGGCCGACGCAGACUGGGACAGUGUCACUCGUAUCGGAAGCAAAGUGCGAGCCGGUGGCGGCACUGCCGUGGACCGCGAAAGAGUUGUGAAGGGAAAGUCCGCCAUCAACGCCGCCAGUCGAUCUGGAGCAAUUAUCGGUGCUGAGAAGAAAUUCGCCAGUGCAAACAGCAAAACCAGCGUCGAAGGCCAACAUCUGACCAAAGUCGACCGAUCAGACGAGAUCGUCAAGCCCAAGACCGUCGGACGAGAAGUCGGCCAAGCCAUCACCAAGCGAAGAAACGAAAUCACCCCGAAGAUGACACAGAAGGAUCUCGCCACCCGAACCAACAUGAAAGAUACCGAAAUCCAACAAUUUGAGAACGGGUCCGCACCACCCGACCAGACGAAACUGGGCCGUAUAGAGAGGGUUCUGGGCAUCAAGCUGAGAGGCUCGGAUAUUGGAAGUCCCUUGACAUUCGGAAAGAAGAAGUAAAAGGGUGCCUUCUCGGAUCACACUCUGAUCUUCAUCUUGCGUGGCGAAGAGAAACCACACCCUACCAGAAUGCAGACAGCAGUCUCGGAGGGUGUGAUUUGAUUGAUACCAGAGCUCUCGACCUUGGAGCAUAUUUGGAAGGGUCGGAGAGUGUUGGUAUCUGAAAAUGACGCCAGCGGUCAUGAAUCUUCUACUGCUCAAGUCGAGCUUAGGACGGCGCCUGCCUGCCUUGCGUGUGUCUGUUACAGAUGAGCAUGGGGCUUUGAUAUCCUCAAAACACUCAUUUGUGAUUCUGCAGAAAGGGAGGAAGGGCAUGGAGCCGACGCAGGACGCAACGACUGACCAUUAUGGAAAGUCUUGUAAUGUUGGCGAACAUGCCGCACUUCCACAAUCAUGAUAGAUUUCAUUCCAAUAGCAGAUGCUUUUGUCCCAUGA